GUACCCGAAAUUGGAAGAAAAUAUUACUACCGAUACUAGUUCCAUAGGACAAAGAAUAGAAUGACUGCGUGUACAAAAAUCGACCUUCUAAAAUUCAUUGUAGUCACGUUCGCUGCAUUCAUCUGGAAAGCUGAAGCCGAUGAAUGUUCACAAUCGGAAUUUGCAACAACCACGUCAUGCGAUAACUUUCUUGAGGAGUUUCGAUUGUUGAUAGAAUCGGGGAACUUGUCUUUGGCUCGAAGAAAGGCUCUCGAGGCGAUGCAUGACAGAACUUCCAAUAGAUGUAGCGAGAAUCAAAUCUCAACUUUUUAUGUUGCCUCAUUUCAAGGGACCUAUGACGCCAUCGGAAAUGACUUUUUAACUAAAAUCCAGGAAUCAGUAUCUACCAAAAAUUCAUCAUAUAUACGUGCAAAAAGUGACAGUCCAAAUUGUAUGAAACUGCACAUUGAUUGGAAUGAUGUAAAUCCAAUAGAGUUCUGGGAUAGACACUGUUCUCUACUACCAGUCAGAGAAACCGUACCCACCUUGUCGUCGCCAUCGUUUGCCGAAAUUCCUCGAUUUCAAUAUUCUUCUCAAACUCCUUGCUGCGAGUUUUGUGCAGGAUCUUCGACGUACCUGAGGCUUCCAGCUUUAAAGGAACCCGCGAUACGAUUGAACAUACAGCACCACAAAAAUUGGGAUCAAAAGGGAAAACGUAGCGCAACUGCCGAGUCUGUACGUACCGUUUUUGAUCUAGAACAAGAUGGUUACCUCCGCCCAUUUGAUGUUGCGGGAAUCCUGUGGCCAACAGGUUAUCUGCUGAGUCUUUGUCUGGGAGAUAUUUUUCGGUGCCCCAUUCCCGAAUUGCAUAACCUGGUCUUAGACUAUCACUCGGAGAUUCGUUCUAAAGAAGCAUUGAAUGCAAACGAGAAAUGCCUCAAUCACUCUCCUCUGGGAGUAGAAUUGGGGGCAGGUAUUGGAGCAGCUAGGUGAGAAAUGUUUGGGUACGAAUCAAAAGUUUGUAUCUUUAAAAGAAAGCUCCAGCGUGGACCUCACAAACUCGUACUCGUCUUAACAUUGAAAGUGUUGUACUUGCAAAGUCCUUAAAAAGCAUGGGGUUCCCAUCAUCGUCUUACCAUGCGAAGUGCAAACCUUGGGUUGUAGCCACCGAUUUGGCUCCGCAUGCUUUGGCCUUAGCGAUUGCGAAUGGAAAAAGAAAUCUCGUUGAUCUAAGUGUAUCUCUCGUCGAUCAUUUCAACCAAUCGUCUGUAAAGGAAAUGAAAAGCAAAUAUUUCUUCCAAGAAGUGAAAAAAACGGCAUCAAUGUAUGAAAAGGAGGAACAAAACUAUGCGCGAAGCAUCGGAUUCCCCCUAGUGUUUGGUUCCUCGUUGCAAGGGCUAUUCCAGGACACAGAUAAGAAGGAUUGUGCCCUUUGGAAGUCUCUUGAGGCACUCAUAGACAUGAAUAAUCCGAAUGCUUUAGCAAUUCUAGUUCACAAUCGAGCCGAUCCAUUGAGGUUACCAAAUGAUGCUAAUUUUUCAUUUCGCCUCGUUCGACGAAUUUCGGGCUCCCAUGAAGUCUUCGGAAAUAUGAAAACCAGGAAUGGAGACACGUCCGAGUUUGAAAUCUAUGUCUUUCAACGACAGAUCACUCGCCAUUCGAAAGCGAGAUCGUUGCCGACUAGUAUUGGUUCUGAAGAAUUAUAGCUUUCUUGAUUUUACUAUAUGAAGUUUGUUAUUGACGACCAAUCUCCUAUUGGAAACUGUUUUAUUCCUAUGGAUAUCUCUGUACUUCAAACUGAAGACGCUAUAUUAUUAGGAAUUCGAUAACGUAGCGAUUUGUCAAAGGAGAGGCAAGAAAAAUUGCACUUCUUAAUACUCUACCAAUGCCAUAUUACUCCCUCUCCAGAUGUAUCCUCUCCGCCGUAGAGAUUUAUAGGGUCGGAGAGAGACUCGACAGCAGCAAACAAAGGUAAUUCUUCUGCAGCAAAUAAUGUUUCUAAAUCACGAGAUGGCGCAAGUCUUAUUACGCGCUGAGACUUGUCUUCGAUCGCCUCCUGUAAUCGACUCAAUCGAUUCAAUUCCAUGCAUAAGAAAGGAAUGGCAUCUUUGUCCUUAGAUGCCAAUGCUAUGGACGACAAAACAUUGGAAGAACAGGAAUUUCGAAGAUUACUUGGCAAAGAUAAAACCGACUGGAUUCCCUCUUCAACUGUGGCUUUUGGGAUCCCUUCUUCUGCUUGUAAAUUCUCACACUUGGAUUCAAAACUGGAAAGAACACUUCGGGUUGAAAUUGAUGUACUUUGGGUCGAGAACCGUCUUUUCGUUUGUGACUUCCUUUGACAAAUAUCAAUGCUAUCCCAACAGGAAUCAAUUGAUGAUCGAAUCUUGCGUAACAAAACACCCCGUGACAGUUCUUUGUGCAUACAAUUACAUGCAUCUUUUUCUGUGACAAUUGAUGAUGAUACAAUCAAUCGUGCCAUCGAGACCAUGAUGGCGGUAUGGCUCCCAGCCAGCGGACAAUCUCUCGCUUUUGAUAAGAUCGAGAUUGCAUGAUGAAAAACAUUGCUAAUUGUGGUUUCAGUAUAAUCAUUUGGUUUUUUUCUCUCUUGCGAGAUCACGAGGUACCCCACCUCCAAAAAAAAAUGUGCAUAGACGCACCAGAUACCAGCUACACGAUCUCGCAAAUUGAACAGAGAUGAAAUCUCUUCGUUUUGGGAGCUGCCUUUUUCAAGUUUCCGUAUGACAUGUGUCGCUUCUUCGUAAAACUUCUCCAGCAUUUGGUGGAGAACAUUGAAAGAGGAGUGAAUGAUCCCUGCCUUCAAUCGCGAACGUAACCAACGGUAAAGGACAUAAGAAAAAUCAGAAGAAGGUGACUGACGAGUAUCGAGGAGUUUGCUUGCCGAAGGUAUAGCCUUCCGAUGGAGAUCUAUCGGGAACAGUUUGAGAUGAAGCCGAUGCCCUGAAUCGUCGCUUUCCCGCAACUUCCCUUCAGCAGAAUCAGCAUUUUUCGGAUUCAUUUUUUCUCUUUCAUCAUUCCAUUGACAAAAACAACCCCCCUUCAAACAAGAUGUAUCUUUUCCAGCCACAUUCGCAGCGUUUCCCAGUGCCUUUUGUUUUGUCUCGGCAGAGGACAAAAUGCGCAGAGACCAACUUGUAUCGUCCCAAGUUGGAUCCUCGGAGUUCAAAUCGUUGCCUUUAGCAUACAUUACAUUGUGAACUCUUUUGAUUUUAGGUUGACCACGACGCAUAGGUGAGGCGAUCGAGUUCAUACCAGGCGUCUUUUGCUUCCUUCUAUCGGGAAGACAUGAGGGUAUUGGUAAGUCCCAAGAAGAGUCAUCCCAUUCAUUACAAAAUGAUUCUCUUCUUGACGCGAAUAACAUGUCCUUGACCUUGCUGUUGCGUUGAAGUGAAUGGCUUGAAGUACACGAAAUCGAAUCAUUUUCCUGGCCGUCAAUCUUCUUAUUCUCAUUCGAUGAUCUUCUCGUCUCAUCAUAGUGGUCGUGGUGAUCGAAAUUUACCUUGAGAUGUGUUGACGAAUCGUUGGGGUCAACAAAUCCAUCCAGUAAUGUCAGUGCUGAGGUAUUCGACGAGGAAGUCAUUGAUUGAUCGCACGAUUCAGAAGAACACGAAGAAACCAGGGGCAUUCCAUCGUCCUUCAAAUCAUUCUCAGCUUCUUGUGCAGAGUGGGCAAGAGAUAGCGUUGCGCAAUCAGAAAUGAGCCCAUCGUCUGACGAUUCUUCUGAACCCAAAAACUUUCGUUUUCGGCAUCUUCUCGACAAAGGGAAUGAGACAUGUUCCUUGUCAGAUUCGGGGGGGCAUUGAUUUGCAUCUUGUUGAAAACUCAUUUUGAUGUUGUUCUGAUUACUUCUUCGGUGCUUCUGAAUGCUUGGCAGUUGUCUUCAAGGAAAAAUGGCUGGCUGCUAGUGAUACAAUACUAAUGUCGUCAAUAGUCAACCGAGCUUUCAAGAUCAUCUACAAACCCGGUGCCUUAAAAUUAUCGAUAGUACCGUACGUAAACGUAGAUAGACGCUGCGAUAGGGACAGAAUCCGAUCAAUAAUUUUUUUCCUCAAGCUUGCGCACAAAUAAUGUUCUGUAGUAAGUUCUGGUGCACGCAAUGAUAUCGGUAUCGGUAGUAGUCGUACCUUGUCGGUAGGCAGGGGUCAGACGGUAGGUGUUCAGUCCCAACAUAGAAAUCGAUAUGAUAAUGAUUGCUACUUUAGAUUCUAGAGUAGUAUUGUAAAAAAAGUUCUACUUAAUAAAUUAUAUUGUGAGAU